GCAAAGGUUCCUAUAAAAACCAACAAAAGGAGGACUCUUGAAGUAUAUCGGUGUCAAUAGCAGACGUCUUGAGUGUAGGAGCCAUGUUGUCUAAAGUAAUCUUUGUUCUUGCCGCAGUAUGCGUUAUCAAUGCAGCUGUGCUUGUCAAUGAGCGAAAAGGUGAUCCUGAAGCCGUAUUGUUGUCUGAAAAGAGUGACUACAACGACAACUCCCUUAAUGCUGAAGAACCUUCCUUCUCCGCCGAUGCAUGGGAUGAACAAGGAAUCUUAAGAACAAAUGAAGAUCUGAUGGUGUCCUCGGCAAGAACUUGCUUAUUCUGGGUUUGCAAUGAACAGUGCCGUCGCCUCGGUAACCUCGGUGGUAGAUGUCUUAGCAAUAAUAUAUGUGCAUGCUUUUAAGAUUAAAAAAAAUACAAGGUUCCUUUAUUUCUCUUUUGAUAAAUAAGACGUAAUAAGUAUUCAGAAACAUUGUUACUUAUUAUUUGGUUAAAACCUUUUUUUCAUGUCGUCAUACAUUAAGUACUUACCUAAAAGUUUUAAAUUGCAUGAAACUUACCUUUGCCAGAACAAAGUUAUGUUAAAGGAUAUUGUUACAAUUUUUAAUUUUGUUCAGCAUACCUUUUUUGUAAAAUACAGUUUGAAUAAAUAUAUCUGACUUCAUCACCAAAA